GACCUUUCGGGUAGUGACCCUUCAUCAGGACUGGAAAGGAAGAGGGCAGACACGAGAUGUUUGGCUCAGACAACAGUUUCCUCAUCCAGAUGUGCAAGAAUCCCCAUUCACUACUGUUUCUAAAUCCACCAAAGGUGACUGUAUGACAAUGCAUGAAAAUAAUUUUUCUCCAAGCAAGUUAAAUGAUAGAUUACCAUUAUUGUUCAAAGUACAUGAGAAGAAUCUAUUGCAGGGGAAGUUUCCAUUUUCGGCUCAUGACAAUAAAUACUGUUUGAGGCACACAGGCGAGCACCUUACCUUGGGACUAGGGCAGAAAAAGGUCUCUGUAGCAAAGCAGACUGCCCAUACCAUUGAGUUGUGGGAUCCUGGGAAAGCAUCUGCGAUGAAUAGUGGAUUUGGUAUUACCAUAUAUCAGACAUCUUACCAGGGAAACCAGGAUACAGAACGUCCUAACUACAGACGUUAUCCCAAAAUUCCCAGUGAGAGUUCGCAAAGGGCAUGGUCUCGAAGUCCAGCUGAUUUAAUGUGGUUUGGGAAAAAUAAUUCUUUAUACAGAAUUCCACUGGAGGUUUUGGGGAUCACUCAACGUCCUCUCCUUUCUUCUGACAAAAAGUUCUAUCGCACAAGAAUCCUUCCAAAAUAACUGGUUGAAGAUCUCUGUUGGUACUUAUUUGAUUUUUGUGUAUUGCUACAUUAAUAGGAAAUAAAAAUAAUACAUCACCAAAAUAUGUACAGAUGAAAUGAUGCAUUCUAUGGAUAUAUUGUAUUCAUGCCAACCCGGAUUUGCAAUAAUUUCCCAACCUCUUUUCCAUAUAUAUACUGCAAGCUUCAUUAUGUUCCAUUCCACUUUAAGGAAAAAAUACAUAAUUUCCUCACUGUCUUGCUGUUGUACCAGUAGCUACAAGAAGAGUGAAUCAGAAUCAGGUUUAUUAUCACUGACAUAUGUUGUGAAAUUUGUUGUUUAGUGGCAGCAGUACUGUGCAAGACAUAAAAAUUACUAUAAGUUAUAAAAAUAAAUAAACAGUACAAAAGAGGAACAAUGAGGUAGCAUUCAUGGGUUCAUGGACUGUUCAGAGAUCUGAUGGUGGAAGGAAAGAAGCUGACUAUACCUACAUUAAUGGAGCCAGGUACCCAUAGAGUGGAGGGAUUAUGGCUCACAAAUCUGGAAACUGACCAGCAAUGUAAUAUCCCAGCAUGCUGUGAUAGAACCAAAGGCUCUAUCAUAGCAAGUUGUGAGAAAAAUGAAGUGGGUGAGGAGAAGAGAAACAUAUUUGUUGAACUUUAAUCUUGUCUUUUCCUCUAUGACUUUGUCUAGUUUUUGAUUAUCCACAGAAUUAUAAUAUGCACAAUAUAAUAAAAUAGGCUUUGUAUGUCUGUCUUGAGAAGCCUUUGGAUAUCCUAGUUACCAUAUAGUUAUCCAAAUGGUCCAGAGGCUACAACUAGAAGCUCCCACUGUGUAUCUGAAGGACUCGUUUAUUAGCACAUGACAUUUCAUGUCAAUAUGCACAUAACAAGUUUUAGUAAAGAGAAUACAGGUGGAGAAGUUUUAAGAUGUUUUCCCACUAGCAAUGUAACUCCAUUGUAAAUAUUCUAUUCCAUUGAAACUCUUCUCAUCAGAAACACUAUUAAAGUGAAAAGUGUAAUGUAUUGUAACUAUUGAAAUUGUGCUCGACUACCUGGAAUGUUUUUCAGAAUAAUGACUUUGUAACAUUGAAAAUUAUACCAAACAACUUAAGCAGAUACAAGACAGGAGAUGGUUAGAGAGCUAAGCACUAUCUGCUUGGGCCAGGAGGGAGGGGGAAUGCAAAACUUAGUGCUAGAUCAAAGGGGAAUCUACAAUUACAGUGAGAGGGAGGAGGUUUAAAGGGAUCUGAGGAGUAAAUUUUUCACGUACAAAGUUGUUGGUAUCUGGAAUGAGCUGCCAAAGGAGGUGAAGGAAACAGGAACUGUAACAACAUUUAAGAGGCAUCUGGACAGAUACUUCAAUGAGCUAGGUGGAAAGGAAUAUGAGAGGGGCAUCUUGAUCGGCACAGUGGGCUGAAGGGACUUUUUAUGCUGUACAACUCUAUGAUGCUACAGUUGUUUAUGGCUAAUGUUAUGGACUAGGUGAAUGUUCCUUUAAGAUAGAGCAUAGUAGUGUGUGUGUGUGUGUGUCAUGCUUACGUCAACAGAAGAUAAAGGACUUAAUGACAUUGUUGAAGAAGUCAGUCGAAGUCAGUCAGAGGAGAGAGAGAGAAAAGAGAGAGAGACACCAGCCUGCUAGUUUUCUCUAUCGAUGGAUGAGAAACAAUAACUGUGUCUGUUACUACAAUUCACAUAUGGAAAUUGGGAGUAAUCCGGUGGAGUUCACUUUGUUGCUGACCUGUAGAGGGAAACAGAUAUUUGUGUGGACGGCCACGAUUCGGAUGCUUUUUGGGGUGAGGAAGUCACUACCGAGUAAACAGGUGUCGUUUGGGUUCCAUCGUGGAACAUUUGGAUUUCGUAAUUACUCUCUAUGUUCUCUCUACAUCUACUUCUUAUCUUCAGACAGCGGUGGUUGUUGAAGAAGCCUUUGCUCAUGUUUCACCUUAUGGCUUGCUGAACUGAACUUUAAGAACCAUUCCUGGACUUUGAGUUUGGGACUUUGCCACACACACACUACGAGUUUAGUUUUGGG